AUGGCGUACCAUCCUCCAGGCGGGCCCGCACAGAUCGUCUUCUCUUUUGACACGACUGGCUCCAUGUCCUCUAUCCUGGACGAAGUUCGCGGACGGCUCACUGAUAUGAUAGGCCGGCUCCAGGCUGACAUCCCCGGCAUCCAGAUUGCCGUUUUCGCCCACGGAGACUACUGUGAUGAACGAGAGUUCUACGUCACCAAGCACAUAGACUUCACGGAUAACGUGAAUGAUCUGUUUCAGUUUGUGAGUGAUGUGGGAGGUACCGGGGGAGGGGACACAGACGAGUGCUAUGAACUUGUUCUUCGCCAGGUACAAGGGCUCAGCUGGCAGGAAAACUCCCAGAAGUCACUGGUUCUAAUCGGUGAUGCCGGACCACAUGCCCCAGACUACCCUCUGAAUGUGGACAAUAUCAACUGGCAACAGGAAACUCAAAACCUGGCAGCAAAGGGGGUGAAGAUUUACGCCGUGCAGUGCUUGAAUGAGCCUGGCGUUGAAAUAUUCUAUGAAGGUCUGGCUGACAUCACAGCGGGACGACACUUAAAGCUGAAUCAGUUCUCCAAUAUAUUUGACUUCCUUAUGGCCAUUUGCUACCGUGAAAAGGGAGCCGAGUUCCUGCAUGGUUAUGAGGCUGAGGUUAGAGCCAGGACUUCACAGACAUCCCUGAACAAAGACUUAGAGGGUCUUUUUGGAGCAUUACGGGCGCCAGUUCCAGCUCCUUUGUCCCCUGUAGUCUCCAUGGACGCUGACCCUGCUCCUGCUCCUGCACCCGCACCUGUCCCCGACUACGUGGUAGCCGCCAACCAUCGGCCAGCUGCACUUGUACGACCGCGGGUUGCCAAACCCAGGAGGAUUGCUAAACCUAGCCAGAUCAAAAGACAUGACGAUAUUAAACUGAAAAGGCUAAAUCGAGCAAGCGUUCCUCAGUCUAACUUCCUGUUCAACGACCUGACUUGGUCACCAUGGAAACUGGUAAUAUCCGGUAACACGGACUCCUUGCCGCAAUGGCGGAAGAGGAAUGGCACGAGCACCUACAGACGACGACUGGCUUUUUCGGAAACGCACCGGCGUGCCAUCUACGAGUUUUCAUUGCAAGACAGAAAAGGAGCAAAGCGAAGGGUUGUUUUCUUUAAAGUGAUCGAGGGAUUUGAGUCUCCGGAGAGAUGGGAAACCAAAUUACUGAGGGAUUUCUGCAUACGAAGCGAAAUCAAUGAUGUGGUUUCAGAUGGCUGUGAGGUGUUCGUUCGACGCGCUCUGUUAAAGCGGUCACAGUCGGUGCGAAGCUGCAGAAGUAAACUGAGGAAUCUCUACAAUUACGAAUGGAUCAAGACAAAGUCUGAGAGAGAAAGGGAAGCUUAAAUAUUUAUCCCAUAACAACGCAUGUAAUGGCAAUUUCUUGCUGCCAGACACUGACCUUUGGACUGAUUCGACGCAUGCCUUUCACACAUGAGUCGUAAAGAAAGCACAUUUCAUACUUAUAUCAAACAAGGAUUUUUUUUUCAUAUCAUUUUGUAUGGACCAUUCUCCAAGUCAUCGAAUGUUUUCAUUGAAUAUAUGUAUCGAAUAUUAUCUCCAUGUUCACUGUGAAUACUAGUUCUUACAUGUAUGAAAGUAAAUAUAUGUUUCUUUGAAUAAGAGUUUAGAUCAUUUCCUGAUACAUAUACAAGUGUAUGUAACGUUGUGCUUUAUGUGAUGUUAUACCAUUGUCUUGCCAUCAUUGCAACUGUAUCCAAUCCUUCUGUGAUAUUUUUAAGUGAAUGUUUGCGUUAUGAUUUGUAUUUACCGUGUAAUUGUUUCAUUUGCCAUUCUGUUUUGUUAUUUAUAUGGA